UGGCCUGCACAGAGUCCUGACCUCAACCCGAUAGAACACCUUUGGGAUGAAUUAGAGCGGAGACUGAGAGCCAGGCCUUCUCGUCCAACAUCAGUGUGUGACCUCACAAAUGCGCUUCUGGAAGAAUGGUCAAAAAUUCCCAUAAACACACUCCUAAACCUUGUGGACAGCCUUCCCAGAAGAGUUGAAGCUGUUAUAGCUGCAAAGGGUGGACCGACGUCAUAUUGAACCCUAUGGAUUAGGAAUGGGAUGUCACUUAAGUUCAUAUGCGAGUCAAGGCAGGUGAGCGAAUACUUUUGGCAAUAUAGUGUACGUGUGCACUCAUACCCCCUUCAAUUGUUUCCACUAUGCAUUCGCUCCAGAGGUACAGAAUAUGUAGGAGACUUACCUAAAUCAUCUUGCAAUAAAAUAAUGGAAGCAGCUCACCCUAUAGUUAAUGUGAUGCCAACAUGCAUCAGAAUAUGGAUGUGAACCUGGCAUUUCAGUCAAGCUGAAGAUCCCAAGCUUAUGUCUGGGAAACAUGCCUGUUGCAGACAUAUUUUGGUAUUGCCGAGGAACACAGGUCCUACAAUUCUUGCCUAGAUUGUGGCAUGGGUUUUGUGCCCCAGUGGUACUGGAAGGACGGCUCACAGUAGUCACCCUUGAUGACUCACAACUUGCGUCCAUGUAUGAAACAUUUGCAAGUAACAAAUUCCUCAGUACUCCCGAAAUGGGGUCCAAACACAAAAAUUCAUAUAAAUUGGGCAGGAAUACCGAUCAGAGUUCCCGACGAACAUUUAGCCCUUCGGAAAGGCUCAUCCACGGCAUUGAACAUCUUGCUACCAACGGUGCAGAUCAGCAGAAAUACAACUAUAUUUGGUAUAACCAGCAGCGUUUUAUUAACCACACCAUCGAGGCAUUAAAAUUAGUAUCGGAACAACUCCAUGCAAUGACCCUUAUGAUUAUACAGAAUUGUUUAGCCAUUGACAUUAUGCGUGGGCCCGAACAGGAAGUGUGUGAGAUGAUAGGAUCGGAUUGUUGUACCAUUGUCCCUUUGCACACUGGACCUGCAGGCCCACUUGACACACUGAUAUCGCGCAUGAAAGCAGCUCGGGAUGAGAUGGUGUCUAAUAAUGCUUCUUCAGACCCAGGCUGACUUGAAUGGCUAUUUUCUACUGACUGGGUAGCUGGAUUCACGCGUAUCGGAACGACCAUUCUGAUGGUACUACUAGUCGUAGGACUCACUGUUGCGGAAUACCAUGCUUGCGUGCCCUACUAGACAAGACGAUACACUCUCUUUUUGGUCAGUAUAUGCAGCUCCAUAUGCAGGACAUGAUUGAUGGAGACACCACUGGAGUCCCCAUUGAGAAUGCUACGGAUGACAGUGGGGAUGAUAAAAGGCUGGCGCAAGAGUUUGACUGUCCCUUGUUGGACAAUACAGCGCAUUAUUGCUAAAGAUUGCUGAAAUUGCUGUUAUGUGUUGUGUUUUGAGUGUUUUUCUCUCUGUAUGCUCCUCUGUGUUGUAUUCCUCUUUGGUGUGCGUAUAUGUGUAUGUUGUGUGCAGGACCUAUGGCUGAAAGUCCUAGUGCAACCCUCCAGUGUAAUCGCUGCACCCACAGCCACCAUAGACAGAGGACUCUUCCAUGCGGAUGGCUAAAAUGUGAUGAAAAUGGGAAGAUUUAUCUGGGCUGGCGACAAGUCCAGUGUGCUGCGUGUUGCAAUUUGAUGUCAACCUUGGAAGCCCUGCAUUGCUUUCAAGACCCCUACAUGAGAUGGAAGAUCUUCCACCCCUGCUGUAUGGACACGGACUGGACCCUUCACAUAGAAAGAGCACGUCCAACCGCUAAAAUACUCCAGCAUACUAACUUCUAUUACAUAGAGUCGACUUGGCUGAUCCACAAGUAUUCAUCAGAUUACGAACUUCCCCGUGGACUCACUCGGUACAGUUGUAUCGACUUCAUCGUUACAUAUCAGUAGCUCAGAUUUAUGGUAGUUCAAAGGCGCAUGGGUUUCUCACCACUCGCAACAUUAUUCAGUCCAAGUAGUUACUGUGUCUUUCUGUGGGUAUGUUCUGUGGACCUCACAUUCAAAGAGCCAACACGAACGAUUGAACAACUUGAAUCAGAGCCUCUGCUCUUCUAUGCAUGGAAAGAGAAACAUGGGAAUGUUCUAAGUGAGAAGGGAAAAAAUAACAUUAAACAAAAAUCCAAUACGAUAAAAUCCACGGUGGAAACAGAGUCAAUAAUCAGUGAUGGCAACAAUCAAUAAUCCACAAAAUAAUCCCCGGGAAAACAGUCAGUAUCCACAAGAAAAAAAUAUAAGAAAAUCCACAAAGAAAUAAUCCACAGGGAAAAAAAGGAGCAAGUCUCUUGAGAGAAGGGAAAACCAAAAAAUCCACUAGAAAUAAUCCACAAGAAAGGUACGGAGAGGAAAAACCACCGAAGCAAAUACGGGAAACACAAAAACGCCACGGGAAAGAGCGAGGCGGAAGAGCCGGCAAAAUUAAACCAAAAUGAGCAGGAAAAAAAUGAACAGAAAACUCACUGCAAAAGCAGGAACAAAAACAUGGUGAAUGUUGAAAGAAGGAAGGAAAUGCAACAGGGCGACAGCAGGCCGAUUACGCAGAGUGCAAGGCUAACUGGAGAGAUCAUCCGGCAGGGAAAGUGUGUAAGCCACAUCUUUAAAUAGCGCAGGUGAGUAUAAAAUGGCAGUAACGUGGAAGCAGGCGAUCACAGGUAGCCACUGCCCUGGAAGCACAAGGCGUGACCGAGAAAGUGCAGGAUAAGAUCAUGACAAUGACUAUCGGUUGAAAUUGUCUAUAGGAUAUAAAAUAUUCUGUCAUGCUGCUUAUAAUAUUAUGUGUUUAUAAUGUGGCUUCAGAAGAGGCAAAAGCAGAAUCCAUUAAAUAGAAAGCCAAGUAAACAUUCCAAAACUGUGAGCAAAAAUCUGAGUGCAAAUAACAGUCAAAAAGAAAACAAACCAGAAAGCACAGUCCGUGUGGCAAACAAAUCUGACAAACACAAUUUACAGAACAUGAGAAAUCCACAGAAGAGAACUGGAUCAAAACACAGUGGCAAACACAAUGGAGAACAAAGAAUGGCUGAGAAAUGAUUAGAAAUAAUCAUUCAAAAUAUUGAUAUAUAAUAACAUUCACUAUGAUUAAUUAACAUGAACAUGGAUUUUGAUGUUUGUUUUAGAUGACGCUAAAAUACGACUCAUUGGUGGCAACAACAACUGCUCUGGAACAGUGGAGAUCCUGAACGAUGGCCAGUGGUGUUGAUGUUCAGUUCAUUUUAAUGACCUCAUGCAAAUAAUGUUCAUCAUUUAUAAUGUGAAAUGUCUUUUAUUUUGUUUUUGAGAAAUGGUUAGAAUUAAUCAUUAAAAUUAUUACUAUAUAGUAAUAAGACUUUGAUCAACAUGAAUAUAGAUUCUGUAACAUCCAACGUUUUUUUGAGAAAUUAUUAACAACUAACAGAAAUUGAAUCAUAAAAGAUUCAUCAUCAUAAAUUAAUAUAACAUAGAUUUUGCUGUUUGUCUUGUAAGGUAACAUGCAUCUCAUUGGUGGCACCGACUCCUGCUCUGGUAGAGUGGAGAUCCUGCAUGAUGGUCAGUGGGGAACAGUGUGUGAUGAUGACUGGGACCUGAAUGAUGCAGAGGUGGUGUGUAGACAGCUUGGAUGUGGUAAAGCGGUCACCGCUCAUCAAAAUGCCCACUUUGCUCAGGGAAGUGGCCCAAUAUGGCUGGAUGAAGUUCAGUGUUCUGGAAGUGAAAGUAACAUCACACAGUGCUCUCAUAGAGGAUUUGGAUCACACAACUGCAGCCAUGGUGAAGAUGCUGGUGUUACUUGUUCAGGUAACAUACGACUCAUUGGUGGCACCGACUCCUGCUCUGGUACAGUGGAGAUCCUGCAUGAUGGCCAGUGGUGUGAUAAUGAUUGGAUGACGCUAACAUACGACUCAUUGGUAACACCGCUCAUCAAAGUUCCCACUUUGGUCAGGGAAGUGGCCCAAUAUGGCUGGAUGAUGUUCAGUGUUCUGGAAGUGAAAGCUCCAUCACACAGUGCUCUCAUAGAGGAUUUGGAAAACACAACUGCUACCAUGGUGAAGAUGCUGGUGUUACUUGCUCAGCUGCCAAAACCACAAACGAGAGUCCCCAAGAAGAGGAGACAGAUAACAAAGUCGCUGAUAAAAACAAAAAAAAUAUUUUCCAGCAGAAGAAUGAUGCAUACAACUCUGAUAUUGACUGUGAUGCGUGAUGUGGAGUGUGGAGUGUAG